UUGUAUUAUUUUCUUCCAUUCCUUUAAAUAUAAAUAAAAAUUCUAAAUUUCUAAAAUUAAAUAACAUCCAUUUAUUAUUACGAAAUUUAAUGACUCUGCCUUGUUUUUUGUCUAUUUUAUUAACACUCAAUUUACUUCAGUUCCCGGAACUAUUUUUUAUAGAGGAGACUGUCUAUAAAAAAUUUUGACCUCUACGGAUACGGAAAUUAAAAAAAUAUUUUAAAUUAAUUUUUAAAUUAAUUUUUUAUUAUUUACAAUUCUCUUUUGUUAUUUCAGUUUCCUUUCUAAUUUAUCCCACAUCUUCACUUAUACUCUCUUAGAUAUCCCAUUGACUUUGAUUGAAGGGAUAAAGAUUUUCUAUAUUUUAAUUAAAUCUCUAUCCAAUCUCUCGUAUCCCAACUACCUAGAAUCCCUAUCCUUUUGAGUUUUCCAUCUUAAUGUUAUUCCAAUAAUUUAGUAAUUUAAUUUUAAAUUUUUAGAAAAGAAUUUAUUUUAUUAUUUUAAUUAACUAAUUAAUUUAAAGAAAUAUUUAAUAAUAAUGUCUAGAGUUGGUAUUUUUGGACAAAUAUCAGAAAUUAAUGAUCACCUUUUUCUUAGAGAAGCUCAAACAAAAAGGAAUUACUUGUAUAAUUAAUGCAACAAUAGAAGAACCAACAACUAAUUUAUCUGGUAUUGACUGCGUAAGAAUCCGCAUAGAAGAUUCUCCUUAUUCUCGACUUGAUAAUUAUUUUGAUUUAGCUGCAGACAAAAUUAGAUCUAUUAGAGAACGUGGAGGUAAAACACUCGUUCAUUGUGUUGCCGGUGUUUCACGUUCUGCUACUCUUUGUAUUGUCUAUCUAAUAAAAUAUGAAAGAAUGUCAUUAAGACAAUCAUAUCAUUAUGUUAAAUCCUCUAGACCAAUUAUUCGGCCAAAUCUUGGUUUUUGGCAACAAAUGGUUGAUUAUGAACGAAAACUUAGGGGACAUAGUACUGUUACAAUGAUUCCAGUUGAAGGUUCGCCUUUUGCCUUUCCAGAUGUUUAUUCUCAGGACGCCGAUUUUUUGCUUCCACAGUAUCUUCAAAAUAAGUCUAAUAAAUUUUUUGAAGAUUUUGUGGAUCAAGAUGAAAUAAAUGAAAAAGAAGAAUUUUUUGAAAAAUCACUUGAGGCAAUAAAUGAAGUUAAUGGAAAAAUUGAAGAAAUUGAAAAUCGUUUGUCAGAUAAAACGAAAGGGAAAGAUUUACGUGGUUUAUUAGAAGAUCGAUUGAAUGAAAUUUCUAAAAAAGUAAAUAAAAUGAACGAAAAGAAACAUUUUGCUGUGCCUGAACUUAUUGAAAAAGUAGAGGAACUUGUUGUUCGCUUUAACUCGUUACAUGAACCAUUGGAAAGAAUGAGAGCAGAAUUAGAUGAAUCAAUGGGUUGGCAUCAAUUAGCUUUUGAUGUUGAUGUUGAAUUACAGUGGAUUGGGGAAAAAAAAUUAAUAGUGGAAUGUCCACAACUUGGCCAUUCUUUAACAGAAGUUCAACAAUUAGUAAAACGACACGAACAAUUAAUUGCUGAACUAGAUUGUCAUCAACCUUUAGUUACCGAAUUAUUAAAUAAAGGAAGAAAAUUGGCAAAUGCUGAUGGAAUAAAUAAACAUUCUUGUCAUCAGGAGAUCGAUGCAAAAUGUUUGGAAUUAUCUAAUUCUUGGAAAAAUUUAAUGGAAAUAUCAAUAAAUCGCCGAAACUUGUUGAAUAAGGCCCAUUCAAGAGAACAAUUAUUAUUUGAAUUAUCUGAGGCUGAGAAUUGGCUGUCUGAGAAAAAUAAACAGAUUGAAACACGUGAAGGAGCUAUCUCUGAAGGUCAUGGUGGUGCUCAAACAUUACUUGCUUGGCUCAAAACUUUACAAAAUGAAUUAGGACCAUUUCAUUCAGGCCUUGUUGAAUUGAAAAAUAAAUGUAUUAACCUAAAAGAUUUUGGAAUUUUUGAGGAAGAAAUUGCUGAAAGAGAAUCAAAAAUAGAAGAACAAGCUAAGAAUUUAGAAGAACGUGCUCGAUUAUCUCUAGUUAAUCUUAAUAAUGAAGAAAAGGAAAAUUUACCUCAAGGACAAGUAAAGAAGAAGAGGACUAGAAAUAACGCAAAGAAAAUGCGGCGACGUAAGGAAAAGGCGAAAAUUGGAAGGACUUAAACAACAAUAAAAACAAAUUUAAAUUUUUUAAAAUAUUAUUCUUUAAAAAUAAAUUAUUAAAAAAAUUUUUUUAAUUUUUAUUUAAAAAUAAAAAAUAGGUACAAUAUUUAUGAGUAAGUUUGUUAGAGCUGUCCAAGAGCGAAAAUUUUGCAAGACUCGAAGUACUAAAGUAGAAAAAAUAGACUAAAGUACUAACAAGACCUUGGUUUAUUUUUCGUGACUUUGGCAUAUGAUAUAUAAUUUCAAAAGUUUACAGGAAAUAAAUCAAAACUUGAAUUAAAUACAGGGCUUGUGGAACGAAGGCGUUUAAAAUAUCGUUUUCUAAAGGUAAAAUUUUUCUCCAUUCCUAUGUAUUCCUUUUGUGUCCUCUCGAAAAAUUUUGAGAAUUUGAAAGGCUCUUUUUUACAAUUUUUAACUUUCUCUCCCUUUUUCUCCCGUCUAAAAAUUUUUCGCUCUUCUCUUUUAGUGAUGUAUUUUCAA